AUGGUGGACGCUGAUGGGGAGGAGGAGGUGCCUGCCGACCUCGCGGCUGUGGAGCCCGUGGCCGCCGCCCGCGGGCUCCCCGUGCAGGUGGGCCGUCUGUAUCGCUGCACGGCGUUCGACUCAGAGUCGCGGCCGCAGGGUGAGUACCUCAUCCAAGUUGUAGGCGCCUGCCCGCCCGACGAGGAGGGCCAGUUCGCACGGGCCGAGCAGAUCUGCUGCAGCGACGGCUACUGGGCCUGGUGGAUGGCGCAUCCCGUGGAGCGCGGAGGAGCAGGCCGACCUCUCUAUCACUUCUGUACGGAGGAGAUGCGCCUAGCCUCGCCGAGCGCCUCGCGCGGGACACUGAUCCACGUCUCGGAGUUUGAGGAGGUCGACGCAGCAGAGGCGUCGGAGUUCUAUCUGGAGUGCAAGGCGGUGGACUCUUGGGCUAAGUGGCCAGAGGAGUUCGGGCCCGAGCCUACUGGAGAGGCGGCGGCUCGCGAGUCGACGGAGGACGCCCUGGACGAGUUCGGCAUGCCGCUCGACAGUUGCGUGGUUCAGGACACGGCUGCCCCUGCCUCAGGCUCGCGCCCCAGGGCGGCGCCAGCGCGCGUUGGCAGCCGCCAGCCCGCUGCCCUGCAGGCUUCGCCGCUGGCGGGGGCAGGCGCCCGCCUGUCAGCCGUGGCGCCCCCUGCGCGCGAGGCUGGCGACCUUCGCGCUCGGCUCGAUCGGCUUCGCGGGGCGCUGCAGCCAGCCCCUGGGGGGAAACAGCCGACGGAGAAGCUGCGCGAGGCGGUGGCUGGAGCAGCCCCUGCGCGCGGCGGAGCAAAGCGGCCGCUGGCGGAGGUCGUGCAGGACAGGGCCGGCAAGAGGCGCGCGCCCGAGGUCUCGCCUCUCGUCGAGGUCAUUUUCGCCAGAUUGCCGCCAAGUUCCCAGGGCUUCUCGGAGCAGGCGCUGGCCAAGAUGAGUGAGUACGUCACCACGCAGGUUGGUGAGGAGGAGGGGGAGGAGUUCCCACCCAUCUUCCUGAAGUACUUCUUGAAUGUCUUCAUCCCUCAGAACCCCAUCAAGUCGAUCGGGAUUGGGGUCUACCGCGAGAUGAGGGCUGUUUGCGAGGCCGCCGAUGCCAUCCUCUCGGGCAAGACGGCCUACGCCUUGGACGUGCUGAGUCAACGGUUCAAGGCGCUUCAGCUCUUUGCUGUGGACAAGAGCUGGUCAGGUGCUCGCUGGCUGGAGCUCAUCCCGCCCUCGAACGAGCAGCUUGCGCUCAGGGCGGAGGAUGAGGAGAUCGUGCGCACAGUCGAGCUGGGCGAACUGCGCCUCGAGGAGCUGCUGUCCAAGCUCAAGCGGGGGCCGCAGCGGACAGUGCAGCUGCGCGAGGACGUCUCGAAGGAGGCGACGCCGAAGGAGGUCUCCUGGAAGGCCAUCAAGGACGCCCACCCGAAGAGGCAGGGCGAGACGCGUGGAGCCCACGGCAUGCGCCUCAGGAAGCUCAUGCAGGCAGCGCUGAACACUGACGCGCAGCCUCGCUGGCCCGAGCACUUACAGGUCUGCACUGACUUGACCGCGUGGAGGGCAGCUGUGACUCGAGCUGUACCCGCCACGCCGCUCUUACUGGACUUGGGCGUCGCCAUCGUCGCCUUGCAGUGGCAGCACCCAGGUAAGGACGCGUGA